CGCUAUGGAUCCUUCUUAGCGUAGACCUAAAAUUUACUUUGUUUAACCACAAUCGAAGCUUAUGGGUUAAGUAUAGUGAGUGUUAGGAUGAGGAUUGUCUCUACCUUAGGCUUCUUUGUAUUUGUCGACCUACUUAUUGGCCUAAUAUUACUAUCAAGCUAUGAUAAAUACUGCGAUGUUGCAUUAAAUUUGUGGCUGGCGAUAGGUCUGAUAUUCAGCUUUCCGUCCUCCUUCGUGGCACAUCACAUCAAAAAAGCCCAUGGACAUAAAUCAGGGGUUAUCGCAGAAGUAGUACUACUGACUUCAAGCUUUUUUUGGAUGGCCGUAGGCACAGUCAAUAUUUCAAUGUCUACUACAUGCCAAUUCACCAAUCCCGUUGUAUGGUGGACAGCAUUCGUCUCAGUCACGUUGUUCUGGUGCACUGUAGUAGGGUUCAUCGUUACCUUGAUAUUGAUUACGAUAAUAGGAAUGUUGAUGAACGAAGGCAGGAAUCCGGAAUUAUGAAUAAGAGAUCGGAGU